CGGAUAUCCGACCGCAUUUCCAGUUCCAUAUUCGUGGAGGUCGUGAAGCAUGAGCCUCAGCCAGACACUUGCGCGCCGCGUGAACGUGAGCACCCGCUUCGCGUUGGUGCAGAUGAAGGGACAGCAGCGCCGCAACGGAGGUUCAUUGAACAAGAACAAGAACAUUGAGGUGUGGAAUGGGGGCCGUGAAAACUGCGACCGCGAAUUCGCGUUCAACGCGUCCAACAUGGGCAAGUUCUUGUUGGGCACGGUGCUGCCGGCGGCGAUUGUGUACCACUUUGUGAUGGAGGAGCAGAUCAAGCACGAUCAAAUUGAAGGCAAACCGUUCAACCCCCGCCGUUAUUUGUAAGCACCGUCGAUCCAUGGCUCGGUUGGACAGUGCAUCCUCUAUCCAUGCGAUCCUCCCCCCAUGCGUCACGUCGACAGCUUAAGCACUUAACCCCACCAGAUGUAUAUCUUCUUCCAUAAACGUGUUUGUGUUUCCAUUAAUCUUACUAUACCUUCAACUGUUGCUUUGGUGGGGUGGGGACGGUGGUAGCCGGCGACAGCAGUGUUCUCGGCGGCAUACCCCGCGGCUUCUGGUGUGUCUUGGAGCUCUCGAGGAACAGCUCGCCAGGGAUGGACGCGAGCACAUCGGGUCCGCGCACCUCGAGGGUCCGGCGGAAGUCCCAGUACGCCGUCUUGUCGGGCAGCGCGAUCGACGACGACAGAGCUUGGAUCCAGUCAGACGCGGACACAUAUUGGUUCUUUUGAAACAGCACUUGGCUGUACUUUGUCGCCAUGUCGUAUCUACACCAAUAAACAAUCCAACAUUUGUUAACACGCUAUAAAUGAAU